UAGGGAGAUGCAACGGCAUGCAGCAGCCCGGUCAGAGGCAGCAGAGUGUCGGGAACUCCAGCAGCUCCGCUCCGUAUAUUUCCUCUGACCCUCCGCUUGAAGGAUUCAUUCAUCCCAGUCAGAGCUGCUGCUCGGUCUGUCCGGACGGGAUCCCUCCAUCUAUCCAUCCACCCAUCCAUCCUUCCAUCCGUCCAUCCAGCUUUCUAUCUCUACCUCCAUCCAGCGGUGCGCGGCGUCCACAUCUACAUCUGGGAAGGUCAGACGCAUCAUUUUUGAUCAGCGGACCUGCCAACUUUGUUUUUAUUUCCCUCAUCUUGAACAGCGUUUUAUCACCGGGAGAUUAUUACUGCAUUCAGCAGUCGCUGACGCUGCUUCCUCCUGUGUGAAUGAGAGGAUGGAUGGUUGACCUCAGAGCUCACUGAUUGGCUCGCUGAGCUUUGCUGGCCGCAGCUGCAAUCAUGGCCAAAAGCCCGGAGGUGAAGCUGGCCGUCUUUGGCAGAGCGGGGGUGGGCAAAUCAGCUUUGGUGGUGAGAUUUCUGACUAGACGCUUCAUCUGGGAGUACGACCCAACACUUGAAUCCACAUAUCGCCAUCAAGCCAAUAUUGACGAUGAGGCAGUCACCAUGGAGAUUCUGGACACUGCAGGGCAGGAGGACAUCCCGCAGAAGGAGGGUCAUAUGCGUUGGGGUGACGGAUUCAUCAUUGUGUACGACAUCACUGAUCGGGGAAGCUUUGAGGAGGUGGCACCACUCCGGAGUCUCUUAGAGGAAGUAAAGAAGCCAAAGAAUGUCCCUCUGGUCCUUGUAGGCAACAAGUCCGAUCUGGACCAUGUCCGGCAGGUCGGCACAGAGGAGGGCGAGCGGCUUGCAGCUGAAAUGGCUUGCGCCUUCUAUGAGUGUUCAGCAUGUGCUGAUGAGGGAGGGGCUGUGGCCGAGGCCUUCCAUGAGCUCUGCCGUGAGGUGAGGCGCCGUAAAGCCAUGCAGGGCAAAGCUCGACGCCGCAGCUCCACCACACAUGUCAAACAGGCCAUCAACAAGAUGCUGACCAAGAUCAGUAGCUAGGAAAGAGCUACGCUACUGUCUGAUGACACAAGAACAAAAAUAAAAAGUGUAACUGUUUCUCAUGUAAAUGUUUCCAACAAUUAUUGGCUCCGAAAGGGACGAAAUGUGACUGAUUUGAUGUGGAAUGUAUUAUUUACUUUUUUGCAGAUCAUUUUCCAUUAAAAAGGUCCCAAGUGCAAUAUAUUCCCUCUGGAAGAGGUUAAUGAAGUUGUCACUUCAGCGGAUGACCUCUCAGCCAAUCAUUUGAGCUCAUUAGGUUCAAAAUAAUCCCGGACAGAGACUGAGAAGAUAUGAGGUCUUUCAUGUUGAAUCAGUAAUACAGUCAGGUUUUUUUUCUUUUAGCCUUUCAUCAAACUUUAUUAAAGUCAUUAAAUAAGCCAGUGGGCAGUCUGAAAAUGAUGCAUGCAAGCUGUCUCAUUUAGCAUGCACAGAAUAUAAGCAUUUAUUGACGAAGAUCCGUAGUUUCCUCUCUGUAUCUUGUCUGUAGGGGGAUAUUGUGAUGUUCUUUGGCCCACAUGUGUUACUGUUCUUUCAGCAGUGGUCAAUGAAAAAUAAGAGAAUCACCAUGAGAACCACUAUGAGAUAAAAGUAGAUCCACUGUCCUUCUCCCGCAGUAUGUCAACCCUAGAGAAGUCCCUGAAGCUGUCAGUGCCUGUUCUUCAAAGUGUUGAUCCAACCUCGUGAUGAAGGCCGCUAUGUUAUGUUGACAUUAAAUGUGCUGCAGUGGACUGUAACUCCCUGUGUUUGUCCAGGAUAUGUUUGCUCAAGAUCUUUUCCUCAAGAUUCAAAGCACAGGUUCAGGAAGUCCACCAUGUCAAGGCUCAUGGGAGAAUCUUCUGGCUGUUUUCUCUAAACCUACGAAGGGAAGCAGUUGCCGUCCAUCCUAACAUGUCACAUUCCAGGGAUGUUAUUCCUGGCUGUAAUUUUAAUACUGUCAACUGUAAACUAUAGUAUGUAUAAUAUAGUAUAUUCCCUUAGCACUGGUGUGUCUUAGGUAUGUACAGACCCCAAAAGCAUCUACAGUGAAAGACAUUGUAAUUGCUGAACUGUAAUAUCAGUUUUUUCUUCAUGUAUGUGACCUGUCUUUUGAGCAAAACAAUCGGCUGUGCACUUGUAAUUAAACUGAUAUAUCCCA